AUGGCAUCCACUCCUUCGAACCGGCUCAAGCUCACGCCCGCCAACUCCCCCUUUCUUCAAAGACCCUCUCGAUCUCCCAUACGCGCACGCCCCGUCUACGAUACAUGUCUGUCUCUCAGGCGCGUUGUCGGCACGACCUGCACCUCCCCGACCGGCUUUGACACGGUCUACUCCUCGUUUGCCUACAUCGCCGGCGGUGCCGUGGUCGUCGUCGAUGUGUCGGGCGAGCACUACUCGCAGCGCUUCUACCGAGCCCGGCCCUCCGCUGUCCCAGUCUUUACCGUGUCCCCCGUCUCGCAUGCGUCAUCUACCCCAACCUCUACCCCCAAGGCCAACGAUAGUAGGAACCGGGCCGCUGCCGCCUCCUCCCCGAGAGACUCGCUCUACGGCGGAGGAGGCUUGGAAUGGUCCGACUCUCCCUCCUCGAAGACCUGGACGAGUCGCGAGCGGAUAAAAGCCGCGACAUGUCUAGCCCUCAGCCGAGAUGGAAAAUAUCUCGCAGUCGGCGAGACAGGCUAUGCCCCACGCGUCCUCAUCUUCAGCCUGCAGGACUCGUCGUCCGACACGCCCCUGGUAUCCAUAAGUGAACAUAUGUUUGGGGUCAGGGCUGUUGCCUGGUCUCCAGACACAAAGUAUCUGGCUUCACUCGGCGCGGCCAAUGACGGCUUCCUUUAUUUGUGGAAGAUCGAUCCCCGUACCGGCGCGGCCAAGCUAUUCCAACAGAACCGCUGCACCUCGCACGUCAAGGGGAUGGUGUGGAUGGGCAGCAACCUGAUCACCCUGGGUGUCCGCCAUGUCAAGGUCUGGAGGGUCGAGGAUGGCCCCUCUAUCUCGCCUACCAAGCAGAGAUUUGACGGGUCCUUUCCCGCCUCUCAGCAGGCCCACAAGCCUUUGCCUGGCAGAAACAUUCUACUCGGCUCGCUGCUGGAGGCGACUUUUUGUUGCGCCAUCGCGAUCAGUGAUAGCAAGGCCAUCCUCUGUUCGGAGACGGGCAGUGUCUGCUUGUUGGAUGAUACUAAUAGGCAGAUGAAGCUAAUCAGAGUCAUGGAUCUUGGCUUUAACGUUAGCUGCAUUAGUAGUAGGAACGAAGAUAUCUUUAUAGGAGGCAAGGACGGCCAGUUUGUCGUCCUCGGCAUUGAAGGCAUUUUGGAAGGCGCCCCAACACCGACCAUUCACAGUCCUCAGUCGACUCAGGGCCUCCUUGCAAUGGGGUUCCUGGCCGAGAAUCUCGUCACGAUCGACACACGACGAUCAAUUGACGUUUGGAGCCCUGAACACAUUCCCGCUGGCUCCAUUAGCGACCCAAAUCAUAUUCCCAUUCCCGGUCCCGGCGAUCCCAUCGUUGGCAUACAGCGCCUACGCGAGACUAAUAGUCUCGGUGCCGCUUUCUUCACAUGGUCCGCUUCCGGAAAGGUUGAUCUCUGGAACAUGGACGGCAUGAUUCGGUCGUCUUUUGCUAUCCCAAUAGAGCGUACCGAUAUAGGGAGCGACUCGGAACCCUUCAACCAGCUGAUGGUGGUGAGAGCCACAAAUAACGGCAGUCUCUUCGUUGCCGGAGAUAAGCUUGGAGUCCUGCGCGUCAUAGACGCUUCCACCAAGGAGUCUCUUAUGGAAACAAAGGCGCACUCCUCUGACUGCCAAGACAUCACGAUAUUCGAGAGAAAUUCGAGGGCUCUUGUGGCCUCCUGUGGUAGGGACCGCACGGUGCAGCUUUUCCAUCGGUCACCCACUGGGGUAUUUGAGCAUUUUCAGACGCUAGAGUUCACAGCCAAGGUUGUGCAAGUGUUGAUCCCCUCGGAAGACAAGAUCUUGACGUGCUCUUUGGACCGGACUCUCCAAGUCUACGACCUCGUCGCAAAAGAAGGGGAGCCCGAUGUCCUAGCAGCUAUUCCCUUCAAAGUAAUUUCCUUGAGGGCCUCACCGUCAUCAAUGGCCAUUACGCCAGACGAAAAGACCGUCUACGUCUCGCUCCUGGACCGGUCCGUGUGCCAGUACGACGUCGCCACCGGGCGACUCUCUGGUUCCUUCAAAUGUAACGAUGAAGGAGGACUCGAAACUGUUGUCUUGGAGUCACUCACGUACGGCCAAUACGCGGCUGGGGAUCUUACCUUUCUUUUGGGCAUUUCCAAUACAGACAAGUCGGUCCGGUUAUAUGAUGCCCAGUCGGGAUCUUUCAUGGACCGCGAGUGGGGCCACACUGAAGCUAUCAACGGCGUUAUCAUGACCGAUAGUGACGAGCUAGGGAGGAAGGUUGUCAGUGUGGGCGAAGACGGCACAAUCAUGAUCUGGGGUCUGGACCUCCAAGACAACACAUCUGGGUUGAGGACCCGCGAUCCAUCUCCCGAGAAGACGAGCUCGUUCACCUCACAACGGCCGCCGCUACGCCGAGUCCUUUCAAAAGCCGAGUUGGCCGAAUUUCAACGGCCAACAUCAAACGCCGGGCGCCGCUCCCCGCCCCGUCCUCUUCAGCGGCGGGCGUCCAAAUUUCAGCUGGCAGCAUCUGUAACACCUUCCAUCCGGACGCCCUUGGCUGAGAAGCAGGCUAGUCCGCGGGGCACAGUUGCUGAAAACACGCCGUCACGUCGCGCCUCGUCAGGAGGCGCCAGCCCCUCGAGCAGCCCCCCGCCCCAAAGUCCCAAGAACCGGUCGCGGAUAUUAAGACGGCCUUCGCUCCCGGCUCUGAAUAUGACGCCGCCGUCGGGCAUUGUCACAUCACGCAAGAAAUCGGGUUCGAAUCUGCGCGGCAGCUAUGGCUUUGGUAGUCUUAGCAUGGCGACAGAACAGACAUGCCGCCAGCUGCGCGCUUAUCGUAAGAAGCUGACAUCAACGGACUCGAUCGACAGCGACGUGCUUGCUCAGCUAGAUGCGGAGCUUCGUCUGACAGCCGCGGCUCUCGGCGAGCGUGCCAUCCGAAGCCGGAGCAGUCGGGAGGCGGACCGCGGCAAGACGGUUAGCGAGGGAAUGCUGAGCGGCUUGCUCGAUGAGUACAGCGAACGCUUGGUCACAAUGCUGGACGUGAAGCUCCGGUUGCGCCUGAGCGAGGAGGAGAAGGGUGCUUUGAUCCGGGAGCGGCCCAGGACGGCGGGCGAGGGUUCAACCUCGCCGAGUUCUGGCGUGCUAUGUGAAGAGCCUGCGCCUGUUUAA